GGUCGCUCCAAUUUCCACGCAGAGGAACAGCAGGCAGGCUCCGCUGCCCCCCCCCCUCUCUCUCCCACUCCCGCCCAGGUGUGAAGCCCUCUCUGCCGAAAGUGAAACCGCGACAGGCGGACCAGAAGUGGAGGGGAGGGAGGAGGAAGGAGCCCGCCGCAACCCAGAGUGAUCAGGAGGCUGGGAGCUGAGCGGCGGCACUGAUGGCGGUGGAGGGGAUCGUCCGCCUUUUCCGAAAUAGUAUACGGAAUAGCCUACGGCGGAGAUCGUCCCGGACAGAUGAACUCCAGAAUGCCCUUCCUACAGAAAGCAAAAUUGACACUGGUGGGAGGCCAGGAGACAGAUCCAGCUUCCCUUAUUUCACAGGACAGCUGUUUUUUGAGUAUUUGGUUGUGGUGUCGCUUAAAAAGAACUCUCAGGGAAAUUAUGAACCCAAGAUUACUUACCAGUUUCCCAAGCGUGAAAAUUUGCUGAGAGGUCAGCGUGAAGAGGAAGAGAGAUUGCUGCAGGCUAUUCCUCUUUUCUGCUUCCCUGAUGGUAAUGAAUGGGCACCCCUCAUGGAGUAUACCAGUGAAACGUUCUCUUUUGUCCUCACCAAUGUGGAUGGGAGUAGAAAGAUUGGCUACUGCAGGCGACUAUUGCCAAUAUGGCACUGUGUAUUUCGUCUCCCAAGAAGGGUUUACUGUAUUAUAAGCUGCCUGGGCUGCUUUGGCCUGUUCUCAAAGAUAUUGGACGAGGUAGAGAAGAGGCGGCAGAUCUCUGCAGCAGUCAUCUAUCCCUUCAUGCAGGGUCUGCGGGAAUCCCCCUUUCCAGCACCUGGGAAAACAGUCACCAUUAAGAGCUUCAUCCCUGACUCAGGGACAGAGCUCCUUGAGCUAACCCGGCCCCUGGAAUCUCGACUGGAACAUGUGGAAUUUCAGGUACUUUUACAGUGCCUCAGUCCUGAAAAGAUCCUCCAGAUAUUUGCCUCUGCAGCUCUGGAGAGACGGAUAGUCUUCCUGGCAGAAGACCUCAGCUCCCUCUCCAAGGGCAUCCAUGCAACAGCUGCUCUUCUUUAUCCUUUUACCUGGUGCCAUACAUACAUCCCGGUGGUUCCAGAGCAGCUCUUGAGCACUGUCUGCUGCCCCACACCCUUCAUGGUUGGCGUCCAAAAACGCUACCUGGACGAGAUUUUGGAUCAACCCAUGGAAGAGGUGUUACUUGUUGAUCUGAGUGAAGGAAAGUUCUUGAAAUUGGUUGGUGACGAAGAAGAGAUCUUGCCUGGCAAGCUACAAAGCGAGAUGCUGGCCUCCCUGCCAACAAUGAACAACAACAUAAAGACUUCUGAGGAGCUCAAUGCACAUGUUUCAGAUGCUUUUGUGCAGUUUUUUGUCAAAACCAUUGGCCAUUACCCAGCGCACAUCAAAUGGAACAGAAGCGGUCAAGGUUGCUUCCAGGAGCGGCCGUUCUGCAAAGCCCCCACCUCCAGGGCCUGCCGCAGGUUUCUGAAAAGAUUUGUGAAGACUCAAAUGUUCUCAUUAUUUAUUCAGGAAGCAGAAAGGAACAGAAAGUGUGCAGAAGGUUAUUUUCAGCAGAAAUUAAAUGAAUAUCAAGAACAAAAGAAGCCAAGACGACUCUCCUGAAUCUGUGUUCAACAUUAUGAGGUACGUUGGCCACCAGAUAAGCACACCUCUAUCUACAGACACCAUCUAUUCCGACCAAGACCCAAGUAGAGGAGCAUCUUGGCUUCACCAGACUGAUGAUAUCAUGGCAGUGCCUUCGCCUGUAGACCACGAAAGGCCAGAGUAGCCUCAGACUCCAAUUCCUCCAUUUUCCUUGACUUGCACUACAAGCUGCUUUUCCAUAGUUAAAAGUUUGGCUGUGAUUUGUAACCCAACUGACAGAAGAAUGAAGCUGCAGUUCUUCUACAAAAUGGCAGCAUAAAAAGAAUGAGCCAAGUGAUCAUCCUGAUCAGAUUAGGAUUCUAGAUAGUUCUAGAAAUGAAAUGGUGCAGUAGAACGAUAAUAAAGAAUGUAGAGAAAUUAAUUGUUUCUAGGAAACAAUUUUGUAGGUAUUAAAAUGGUUUCCAUUCCAAA